AUGCAGCAGUGUCUGCAGUUCAGUAACAAAGACAGAGACCUGCAGUUUGCAAGUGAUUAUCAGCCUCAUAACAGUGAGGUCCAGCAGCUCAGAAUUCUGAUUCAUGGACCCACUGGUUCUGGAAGGUCCAGUUUCUUCAACUCUGUUGACAGCGCUUUACAAGGCAAUGUCACUGGUCGGGCUUUGGCAGAUGCAAUCUCUCACGACAGCUUCACCCUAAAAUACAAAAGUUACAAAAUCCAAAAAGGAGGACCAGGGACGUUUUACCCUUUUGUCUUCACUGACAUCAUGGGCCUUGAUAGGGAUACCAACAGAGGAGUUUCUGUGGAAGACAUCAAACUGGCCAUGAUGGGACACAUUAAAGAUGGAUACAAGUUCAGUCCUCUCUGUAAAAUAACAGAGGAUGAUAAUUACUACAACAAUGACCCCACUCUGAAGGACCAAGUUCAUGUUCUGGUUUGUGUCAUCUCUGCUGAGACAUCAAGCAUCCUGAGUGAUGAACAUGUGAAUAAGAUGAAGGAUGUCAGACUGGCAGCCAGAGACAUGGGAAUUCUUGAAGUGGCUAUUCUCACCAAAAUGAAUGAAGCCUGUCCAGAGGUCAAAAAAAGCAUACAGAAUGUGUAUAAGAGCAAGUACCUGAAGAAACAGAUGGAGAAAAUAAAGGUGGUGCUGGGUAUUCCACUGUACAGCAUCUUUCCUGUGAAGAACUACCACUCAGAGAUCGACACAGACGAUGACAAUGAUACACUGAUACUGAGUGCACUGAGAUGCAUCAUUAACUUAGGAGAAGACUUUGUCAACGACCAGUAG